AUGCCAAGCAAGCUCAGGAAGGCACUCGGGGUAGUGAAGGACCAAACGAGCAUUAGCCUAGCUAAGGUCUCGAGUGGCUCCAAAUCUAAAUCCAAAUCCAAUGGCAUUGCCAUCAACCUUGAGGUUCCGAUCUUGAAAGCCACUUCUCAUCACGAAAUCCCCUUAGACGAAACUCGUUAUUUGAAGGAGAUUCUUCAAGUCAUCUCCACCGAUAAAGUCUACGCCGCCGCUUGCGCUCACGCCAUCGCCAAGAGAGUCGGGAGGACUCGCAACUGGAUCGUCGCUCUCAAAUCUCUCAUGCUCGUCUUUCGAAUCUUCCAGCACGGCGAUCCACAUUUCCCCAAGGAAGUUUUCAACGCCAUGAAAAAUGGCGCCAAGAUCCUCAACCUCUCGAACUUUCGAGACGAUUCGAAUUCGAGCCCCUGGGAUUACACUGCUUUCGUACGGACGUUCGCUCUUUACCUUGAUGAGAGGUUGGCUUGCUUUCUCUCUGGGAAGCUUCAUCAGUGCUGGGACCUCUCCAACGGCAGCAGCCAUGGAAGUCGGCGUGGAAAGGUUGAGCCCAUUCGGGACAUGACGCCAGCGACUCUGAUCGACCGGAUUUCGAACUGGCAGAAAUUACUGGAUCGGGUGAUCGCCACUAAACCAACCGGCGACGCAAGGACGAACCGCUUGGUUCAGAGCUCGCUUCAUGCGAUUGUUCAAGAGAGCUUUGAUAUUUACCGAGACAUGUCCGAUGGAUUGGCUCUUCUUCUCGAUAGCUUCUUCCAUUUACAGUACAAUUCCUGCGUCAACGCUUUCCAAGCAUCGGUAAGAGCUUCAAAGCAAUUCGAGGAGCUCUCUGAAUUCUAUGGCCUCUGUAAAAGCAUCGGCGUCGGAAGAACCUCUGAGUACCCGAGCGUACAGAAAAUCUCCGGCGAGUUGAUUGAGACAUUGCAAGAGUUUCUGAAAGAUCAAGCUUCGUUUCCCGGCAGAUCGCUGCCAUCGGAAUUACUCCUAGCGCCACCGCCAGCAACUCCAGAUAGGAAUUCGCUGACGGGGUCGGAAUCUGUUUCGUUGUGCUCGUCUCUAGAUCGUGAUCGGGAACCAAUGAGUGCUACAAAUUCAGAUGAAACAGAGGAAGAUUCUUUCGACGACGAAGAUAAUCAGCAAUCAAACACGGAUUCGAACAACGUCUCCUUCGAUUACACUCCGAAGAGUCCAAUGGAAAAAGAUUGUUGGGAGCAUGUGCUGGUUAGUACCGCAAAAGAGAAUGACCAAACGACAAGGGAUUUUGAUACUUUCUUCGAUAAACGACAUUACAACCCGUUUCUUGUAGAUGUAGAAACGACAGAUGUAGUGACUGUCGUUUCUAGUCCCGCCAAUAACGAUAUUAACCGUUCGACUCACGAGGUUCAAAAUCCUGAGAAAACGACACCAAUAACUCCGACGUUUGGGGAAGAAGAGAUUACGAGUUGGGUUGCUCCAACUUUCUGUGCCCAGAAUCCAAAUAAGUCAGUGAGUUUAUUUUGUAAUGAUCCAUUUGAAUCAAGUGAGUUUGAGCUUACUACUGAUUUGAGAAAUGGGUCUGGGAAUGAGCUAAAUUUCGUCUUUGAACAACAAUUGUGGUUGGAGCAUCAGAAGAAGAUUAUAGCCAAGAAUGAGUUGAAUAACUAAUGUGUAAUUAUUAGUAGGGGUUUUGAUGUGUUAGUUUUUAUUUACGCUAAUUUGUUCUUUUUCGUAAGAAAUUUUAUAUGUUCUUCUUAUGAUCUGUGCAUAAAUAAAUGAACGAGAAUGAUAUUUUUUUUUUUUAAAAAAAAAUCACCUACUAAGGGCUAAUAACAAUUCCUUAUUUCCUAUUUCA